AACCCAAACAAAAUCAUUCAUUUCACCCGACACGAGCAGCACAGAUAUAUACAGUUCGGAAUUCUUGGUCCUCACUUUGGCCUUCUUUUUCAACUUCAAUAUUUAAUAUCUAAUACAGUACCUGAAGCAUCCGACCGAGCUCGGAGCCGCCCGUCUCCACCUCGAGGUUGUUUAUGUUCUAACCCGCAACCGGCGCUUGACCAUCUUGCCACCUACCCGGCAUAAGCGCAGAAGAUCGUGGAGAGGAAGACGAAGCUUGAAGCCUCGGCAACGACAAGGACAAAGGAGCUUCCAAAACAGGAUAUCAACUUGUUUAAACCCCUGAAGAUGCCCGCCCAAACCAAGCUCGCCCCUCUCAGGCGCGCUGCCUCCACCAGGUUCGAAUUUCGCGACGACGACAGCGACAGCGAAGACGUUGACCAACCUCCAUCUGGACCUCACCCGGUUACAGGCUUAGGCAUAAGCUUGAAAGGUCCUACGCCGCCCCCAGAGGCUGGAGUGUCUGGAUACGAGACCGUCCCGGUGCAACCCCCGCCUAGAAACCCGCGACGUCUCACAGUUCAGCAGAAGCAGACCUUCCGACCCACCUCGUCAGUCUACUCGGGAAACUCUCCCCCUCUUGCGCCCCACGACCCCGAGCAACCUAGCACGCUGGCGUCCCAUCACUUUCAACGUUAUCGAGGGGGCGAGGAGAUCUCGCCCCCCAGCUCGCCAGAGCCAAGCUAUACCCAGCCCCAUCGGCCUCCCAUCCUCCCGCCGGGCGAUGUCUCCCCGAUUGAGGAGGAAUAUGAGGAGACGGCGCAAGGAGCUUUCGAACCUCAGCACUAUGGGCGAAACCAACAUCCAUACUACCAUGGUCCGGGGCCCCGCUCACCUCCACCGAACCACAAUGCCGCGGCCAGUAUCAACAUGAUGCGCCGCGGUCAGCGCAAGCUUUCGGACGCGGCCCUACGCGAUGCCCAUGCGAACCGUGCACCACCGGCCCAACAACCCCGGAAUCCGGGACCGGGUUUCCUCAUGGUUGAUCCGGUAACUGGUGAACGCCUGGACAGCGCGCAUGGCCGUCCGCUGAACAGGCCUCCACCGGGUACUCACUAUGCGCCGGGUCCGGGUUUCCUCAUGGUUGAUCCGGUAACUGGUGAACGCCUGGACAGUGCGCAUGGUCGUCCGCUGAACGGGCCUCCGCCGGGUCAUCCCUAUGGCUCGGGUCCGGGAUUUGCUCGGCAGCAGUCGCCACCACCGUUCGCAGGACCACAGCCGAGAAUGGCUUCUGUUGGGGAUAGGAUGAUGAGGAUGGCGAGCCCGGGACCUCGAGAAAGCGGACCAGACCUGGCAGCAGGGGCUUUCACUGCCAAUCGUCCAGGUUGGCGUGGACCAAGUGGUCGAACAGCUAUCGUUGAUCCCGUUCGUGAUAAUCCUGAGGUUCCGCCAUUGAGGAUACCCGAUCGCAAUGGUAGACGGGUUGUGUCGCAAGCUCCUGGACCUAGUCAAAGACCUGAGUUGUCUCUGGGUAUUCCUAGACGGGAUCAGAUGUCCCCUCCACCUCGUGUUGGCGCACAGAUGGGGUAUGCGCCACGGGACCCCGGCCAGAGAGUCAUGUCCUCGUCUCAGGUUCACCCGCAGUCCGCAACAACACCACGUCCUAUGAGAAGUCCAGUCUAUCCGAACCCACCGCAUUCUGCGAUCACCCCACGAGGAGACGCGCCGUUCGUGGCAGCCCAGCAGCUCCAACGUGACGGUAUGGGUCCUCAUUAUCCGAGGGCGUUCUCCCCCGUUUCACCCACAAACGCUUCUCCUGUGAACUACAGCCCACAGCCGAAUUCGGUCAGGAGGAAGCCAACCCCAACUUACGCAAACCAUGAGCCACAGGACUCUGUCUCCUCGAUCUACUCACAGCAGCAACCUGAGGUGUCGAUGCCAAAGCAGCAGCCUCCUGCCCCCCAACCCGCGGCUGCCAAUUCGCUUCCAGCCGACGAGCCCUGGGUGCAACCCCCUUCGCGUUUCAGCAUGACAAGCUAUGCAACCAGCAUAUCCACCACCGCCACCCCACGCGAGUCCCUGGACGAUUUCCAUGACAAUUACCACAACCAGUCCCCGGUUCCCAGCAUUUCACAGCAAUAUCGUCCAGAGAGCCCCAAGGACGAAGAACCGGCGCAAUCCAUCAUGAACAGGAGCAGACCCAAGCUCGAAGGCUUCGACUACAACAAGAAAGACCAAGCCCCCAUCGUCAUCUCCCUCAAAGACCAAAUCAUCUCCCCCUACGAGACCGUUAUCGAGCGUGAAUCCCCCGCCGCCCGCGACCGCCGAGUUGCCGCCACCGGCGUCGGUAUCGCAAACGGAUUCAAACCCGCUCCCAGACGCGUCUCCGCCACCCCCUCCGACAUCAACAAAUCCCUCCCCCCCGCUCCUCCCGAACUCGAAGUCCUCUCCCUCUACAACGGCGCCGAUGGCAAGUCAUCCACACCCAAAUCACCCAAAGACCUCACCGCAUCCGAGCGCGUAGCGCUCUACGACGCCCAAAUCCAGGCCCUCGGCAACCGCCGCAUCAACAUCACCCGCUCCAUCAAGCAGAUGACGGAGCUGAUGCCGACGGACAACAUCUUGAACAGCGAGGCGGUCCGCCGCAAGCGCGAGGUCGAAAAACAGAAGGUCGAAGCCCUGAAAACGGAGCUGGCGGAGGUGCAGAGGGAGAUGUACGAGAUGGGGCUGAAGCUGCAUCGGGCGUAUAAGAGGCAGGAGAAGGAGGCGAGCUUUGAACCUACUACGCUUUGGGUGAGGAGGGUUACUGGGUGAUGGGGGAGGGC